CUCACAUUCACCCUCCUCAUCAAGCUGAACACCGGCCAAUGCUUCACACCAGCGCUGCCCUGGGUGUCUGUCCCAUGCGUGGGGAGCACAUGCACAGUGAGGACUUCACCGCAGAGGAGUGGAACCGUUGCAUCCUCUUUAUUUGGUUCUUUGACACUUCGGCCGAGUGGCUCUGAUUUCAGCUAAGAUCCCAGCUUGUAUCAUUUUGUCACGAACUAAGGGUCAACAGAGUGGAGAUAUGAACGAGUCGCUGGUGGUGAACGACUCCUCUGCGUCUCCAGGGGCCGGGGAAUCUUUCUCCUGGAUGGAGGCUGACUCUCCAGAGCACAACGGCAGCAUGGAGUUAUCCACCGCCCCUUUUGAUUACCCCGUCAACCCAUGGGACAUCAUGCUCUGCUUGUCAGGCACCGUCAUCGCCUGCGAGAACGCCAUAGUUGUAGCCAUCAUCUUCUACACGCCGACGUUAAGGACACCCAUGUUUGUUCUUAUCGGGAGCCUGGCCACAGCAGACCUCCUGGCUGGCAUGGGAUUAAUCCUGAACUUUGUGUUUCAGUACGUGAUCUCCUCUGAGACUAUCAGCCUUAUCACUGUAGGCUUCCUGGUGGCCUCCUUCACGGCCUCCAUCAGCAGCCUAUUGGCCAUAACAGUGGACCGUUACUUCUCCCUCUACAACGCCCUGACGUAUUUCUCAGAAAAGACGUUACAGUACGUGCACCUGAUGCUAAUGGGGACCUGGGGGGUGUCCCUGCUCCUGGGCUUGCUGCCGGUGCUCGGCUGGAACUGCCUGGACGAGCCGGACUCCUGCAGCAUCGUCCGCCCUCUGACCCGGAGCAACCUCACCCUCCUGGCCACCUCCUUUUUCGUCAUCUUCGUGCUCAUGCUCACGCUCUACUUCAAGAUCUGCAAGAUUGUGUGCCACCACGCCCACCAGAUCGCCCUCCAGCAGCACUUUUUCGCCACGUCCCAUUAUGUCGCCACCAAGAAGGGCGUCUCCACUCUAGCUAUCAUCUUGGGGACUUUUGGCGCCAGCUGGCUUCCCUUCGCCAUCUACUGCCUGGUGGGAGAGAAGGAGUAUCCGUCAGUGUACACCUACGCUACUCUGCUGCCGGCCACCUACAACUCCAUGAUCAACCCCAUCAUUUAUGCCUACAGAAAUGCAGAGAUCCAGCGCUCCAUCUAUAUGCUUCUCUGUGGCUGCUUUCAGGCCAAAGGAGCCUACCGGUCCAGGUCACCUAGUGAGGUCUGAGUAAGGGUUAGGGCUCUGUGUGUGUGUGUUUGUGUGUGUGUGUGUGUGUGUGUGUGAGGGAGUGUGUGAAAGAGAGACAGAGAGAGCAAAAAGACAAACCAUCCAGUGGCCAUUGACAAUCUGCUUCAAGUUGAAUGCUUUACAAACACAAGGGGGUGGGUUGAUGCUAUAGACACGUGGCUCUGUGCACACUUGACUUUGCAUCUGCACUAUACUUUGUCUCAACAAAAGUUAGAGUGUGAGAUUUAAAGAAAAACGCUGUGAACAAGAAACACCUGUGAAAAAAAAACAAAAAACCUGUGAAUGUAAAUGAGAAAAAGGAAUGACAAAUCUUGCACUUUAUUCAAUGUCGUUGUUUUUUUUAAAUGCCAAAGCAGUAUUGUAUUGCCCAUAUUGUGUUUCAAUGGUUGGAUGUUUGAGUAUUCUGUGCCAUUUUUCUAUUUUGUAAUGUAUUGUAU